UGGGGCUGGGGGGUGAGGUUGGAGUCAACGGGGACUAAUGAAGAGGCUGCCCCAGAGCCCCCCACUUUGCACCAUCUGAAAGUGGGGUGAGCUGUGCUAUGGCAGGUGCUGGAGGGAUCCAAAAGGAAGCUCGGUCCCGACAGAGAGUUGUCUCCAGGGGAUCUCAGAUGGCUCCAGUCAAAAUCAGCUAUGUUGUGUCCUUCUCGCAGGACCCCAAGUACCCGGUGGAGAACUUGCUGCUUGAGGACAGCCUUCGUCCCUGGCUCAGCUGCCCCCAAGACCGCAGCAGGCAGCUGAGAUUGGAGCUGCAGCUGGAGAGAGCCAGUCCCAUCGGCUAUGUGGAUGUUGGCAACUGCGGCUGCGCCUUCCUCCAGAUCGAGGUGGGACAUUCCUCAUGGCCACUAAACCAACCCUAUCUCACCCUGGUGCCCAGUGUUGCGCUGAUGACACCAGCUGACUCAAAGCUGGACCAGAACCGCUGCAGGGUCCGGAUGCUUAAGGAAGCAGACUUCCUGAUGCUGGCAGUGGGGCAGAAGUGGGACCGCCUGCGGCUCACCUGCAGCCAGCCCUUCAGCAAGCACAGCCAGUUUGGACUGUCCUUCAUCCGUGUGCGCACGCUGCUGGACCCUGAGGACAUCCAGCCACCCCCUCCUUCACAGCAAAGCCUAGAGGAUCCCGAGCCCGCGGACAGCCCCUGGCGCUCCAGCCCUGCCUUUUGCUGGACUUUCUUUCCAAAUCCAUGCUCGAGCUCAAGGGAGGAGGAGCAGCUGAAGAGCCGCCUGCAGCAGCUAGAGCCAGCUGCCUGUAGCCCAGCCUGCCUCAGCCAACCAGCCCAGAUGGUGCUGUCAGCAGUGCGGAGCCAGGCGCUGAGGCACAGAGCCAGCACAGGAGCCCGGGGGGUGACCCGGAGCUGCCAGCUGAGGACCCAGGCUCUGCACGAGAUGUCCCUGCAGCCCCCACGAGAGCCCACAGGCAGCCUGGCAGCAGGCAGAGACCUCCCAGCCCGGUGGGCAGGUCUCUGCCAGCUGCCUCAGGGCAGUCCACAUCAGAAGGAAGAGCCAGAGCCCACAGCCGAUGUGAGAGACAGGCCAAGAGGGGUGACAGCAGUCAUGACACGGGCAUUUGCCCCAUAUGCUCAGGUCACUUCAGCCUGGAUCUCCUUGCACACACCUCCUGCUGUGGAGAGGAAGAUCCUAAUCCAGCCUGGCCUUCAUCCUUGCAGGCAGAGGCAUCCUGCAAUGCCUGGGUGUGCUGCCCUAUCUGUGAGCUGCCCUUUGAUGUGGUGGAGGUGGAAUGACAUGCCAGCACUUGUGAGGAACAGGCAGGGACACCAGGCACCCUGGCCUCAUCCUACCACCUGGGGUAGGGCUGUGAGCACAGUGCAGAGUGGGGACAAGCCCCAUGUCAUGGCACUCGGGGACUGAAGCAGUGCUGCUGCAGUGGCUGGAGACACUGACCAGAACCCUGUCUGCCCCAUCCGGGCAAGCUGCUGCUUACGCAGGCAGAGCCACAGGGCUGGACUGAGUUACACCAUGGCAAGGCACAGGAUUUGGGGAGGGAACAAGCCUGCCACGCUGGCAGAGAGGCAGCAGCCUUUGUGAAUUUGUGGCAAGGGUUCUAGCCCCACAGCCAGACUUGGAGGAAGUGUGGGGGCUGCAUGGGUGGCAAAACACUGUAAUGACAGGAGCUGGUGCUAGAGAGUAAGUUAAAGGAGGGGAAUCAUGGUUUUCCACUC